CUUAAGUUCGAACACGCAGGUGUCUAGCUGUUCGUCUGUAUAUUUCCGUUCCUCUAAUUCGAUUCUGCGGCCGGCGCGCUGGAUACCAAGGCACCAUUUUGUAAUACACAGUUCCUCGUAGCUUGAUAUCCCGCCAUAUGUACGAUCACGAUGACUGAUCAUCUCGGAUCUUACACGACUGGAAAGUUUCCGCCAACGUCGACGAUGUGAAAAAAAUGCCACUCGGCGUCCAGCCUUGGCGCACCACACAUCAACAGACCCGCGACGAGGAGAAGACCAAGGGCAGUCACACCAGACCUGAUACGCACAUCGCUCGGCCUCGAGCACAACGACUUCGAGCAGGCGUUCGGCGGCGCUGGGUUCAAGCCAGCUGAAGGAUGCAUCUCGACAUGGAACCACGAAAGCUCUGCUGACACCAGCGACGGCACGUUGUACGCUCCUACGCCCGAUCAAUCGAAAGGCAUGGCGAAGGCUGGCGCGACGUGGGUAAUGGCCGCGAGCGCAUAGAAACGCGGUGUUGGCCUGGUUCACGGUGCGAGGCAGGAGUUACAUCAUGUACAUGAGUGGCGCUGGAGAAGAUCUAGACAUAGUUCAUGACAGUUGUGCGCGCAAGCUUGAAUCUGCGCGGUUUGCU